AUGUCGGAUGCGACACUACGUCAUGUGAACGCGUUGGCGAUGAAAUACGAAUUAUUACGGGAAAUAAAACAUUGGCAGAAGUCGUGCACGCAAGGCAUCAAAGACAUAGCAAGAGGCAUUACCGCCAUGCGCGAAGCACGCGCUAACAUCAAACAGCAGAUCAACAGCGCGCGAGCGCGAUUGGAAGCGAGGCUGAGAGAGCUUGAGGCAUGCGCAGAGAAGCAGCUCAACACCAUCGCUGGACUGGAGGAAGAUUCCAUGAAGGAGCUACUUUCAAAGCUGGCGGACAAUAAGAAAAGAUUGGCUAAUACAGAGUCUGUCUUAAAUGAAAACUUGAUAGGUUUAAAACUGAAACGUUCCAUGGAAGACGGAAAACAUCAAAUGAUUGACGUGCGGAAGGCGCUAGUUGAGUACCGGAAAUACAACUUGCCUACCGGCUUGACAUUUGAACUUGACCCGACUAUAGGAAUCCAGAACGUAUCUCUGAUGUCACUAGGUCAGACGCGCGUUCAGCCCAGUCACGAAGACAGCAAGCGUUCAACGACCACUCAACAUGAUGACGUAGGUUGCUUCAUUACGGCUAAUGGUGACUGUGGCGACGAACAUGAUAUUGUUAGAGACAUUGAAACACUGUUCGCCCUUGAUGGGAAAUACGAGCAUUCAUUGAAACCGUUUCUGGACAGCGUCCGAGAUUUGUCCGUAAAAUAUAAUACGUCAGAAAUAUUAAAGAAGGACGCAUCUUUUAAGAAAAUAACUCCGGAACUGCCAGCCACGUACAUAAAAACAGUACAGAUUAAAAACCCAGUAAGACCACAAAGCGAAGUGAAGCCCAGAAAAAACGACGCGCAAAGACCGGUUAUGACCAGAUUAUCAAAGUCUGCAAGAGAUGAUGGUAUUGCCCAGCGAAGCACGUGCUUAAACGAUAUCGAGAUCGUGCCUUUCGAAGAGCAGGGGCCGGAAAGAAGUCCACAAAAUAGGUCAGAGAAGCCAAAACCUCGGACGAGUAACGUUAGAUAUUCUGAUAUCGAUUACGUUAAAGAAAUAACGGCGCUCGAAGAUAUUGCAGUGGCAGAAGAUAAAGAAUUGAGGGCAAACACUAACAUAACCCAAGGGCGUUCGUUUAUACCUUACCCUGUACCGAAGUUACGUGGCGUCAGCGGAAGUUCACAAGGAUCCACAAGUACGUCAAUGAGCUCCGUAAGCUAUAAACCGACCAACUCACUCGCGAGUAGACCGGUUAACAUCACGGCAUCGGAAAACAGUCAGUCAAACUCAUACUUCAAGUACGUCGCCAAAUUCCACACGAAAAAGCACCCGGAUGAGACGGACCUGUGUCGUCUGGCGGGCAUCACGUGCCUCGACAACGGUCAGGUGAUUGUAACGGACAUCAACCAUUUGCAGAUCAUGCUGUUCGGACCCGACUAUCAUUACCUGGACUCGCUGGAAUGCCCCUCGCCAAGUGGAGUCACUACGGUCAACUCCAAUACGGUGGCAGUGGCUCUGUUUCACAACCGCAAGAUCAUGCUCGUCAAAGUACACACUAUCCACCUCGAGCGAUUCCGAGAGUUCCACAUCCCGUGCAACGACACGUUAUUUGACGUGACUUCAAGAGGCGGUGGAUUUUUUGUUUUGUGUUCGGCCGGAGAUGUGCACGUGCUUAACGACGAGGGGAAGCAGAUCAAUGUGCUGAGCGCAUGCGCAAAGAAAGGCGAAGGCCGCCACAUAGAGGUUUCCCUGGACCAAACGAUGAUCUUCAUAUCGUGUAGUGACAAAGUCGUUUGCAUUAAUAAUAACGGGGAACAGUUAUGGCAGUAUUCAAGGACUUCGGCGCAUCGGCGUUUCGCGUCCGUAGGUCUGGUAUGGUAUAACCACCGUCUAUUUGUGGCCGAUUGGUGCGGUCACAAGGUCAUUGAACUCUCGACGGAAGGCUCCUACGUGCGUGACGUCAUUGUCGACCACGUGGAAUACCCACAAGCCCUUGCGAUUUGCCAGACGACAGGGCGCAUGCUCGCUACGCAGAACAAUCAGUUUAAACAGGAAGCGCGUAGUCGUGGAGUAAAGGUGUUCGCAAUAAAAUGAGACAAGAAAUAG